UUCCUCUUCUAAUAAGGUGUCACAAUUGUGUAUCCAAAUCAAUUUCUCAUUAUGUUAUGUUCAUUGCCUCUUUUUGUUAAACCCUAUUGUAAUAGGCCUAUUUUCCACUCCAUUGACCAUUCUGGCCAAGAGAAGAAAAUAGGAAACUUUAAUUCAAAUGAUGACUCUUUUUGCUAUGGUCUUAAUUAUAGGCCUAAACCAAUUAGAACUUGCAUUUCAACUAAUCAAGAAAAGUUUGAUCACAAGCACCAAUAUCCCAAAGACCUCAACUUUUAUGAUUCAUCUCUAUCAAAGGAAAAAUCUAAACAUGAUGAAGAUGGUUUCAAGAAGACAAAGUCAAGAGCUUUGAAGAAAAUAAAGCAGCCCAUUUCUCCUGGAGGUAGACUAUCAAGUUUCUUGAGUUCACUUUUUACAAAUGGGAAAAAAACAAAGAUUUCCUCAAAUGAUGAGGAUAAAAAAUUGAAAUCAACUUGUUCUUCAUGUGGACACAAGAAGUUGAAUAUGGAACAACAAAAUGUGGAGGCUAUAAAAGGGAUUAAUAAAAAUUAUGUUCAUGAAGAUCAUCUAAAAUUCCACAAGAAUAUUAUUAUUGAAGAUGAAGAUGAUGAUUAUGAUGAAGGUGCAAGUUGUGCAAGUUCUGAUUUGUUUGAGAUUGAUAUAUUUUCUUCCAUUGGAUUAAUGGGAUUGCCUUUAUGAAACAAUAAAUAUUGGUAUUAAUCUAGCCUUUCUUGCAAAUGGUAGUUAAUUUGCUGGUGUGUAACACUAAAUAAAUAGAGAAAAUUAUAUUAUUAUUAUUA